AUGUCUAUAUUUCUUAUAAUUUUUCUUAGUUUUGCUAUUUCAUAUCUCACCUACUUUUCCUAUCUGUUAUACCCUCUUGACCCAGUCUUAAAUGCGGUCGUCUUUCUGCUUUUCCCCGCUUGUACUAAUAUCGACAUCAUGUCUCGCUGUGGUCCCUUUCUUCACCGCCAUCCAAAGUUCCUUUCUUCACCCCCAUCCAAAGUUCCUUUCUUCACCGCAAUCCAAAGUUUCUUUCUUCACCCUCACCCAAAGUUCCUUUCUUCACCCCCAUCCAAAGUUUCUUUCUUCAAACCCAUCCAAAGUUUCUUUUCUUCACCCCAUCCAAAGUUCCUUUCUUCACCCCAUCCAAAGUUCCUUUCUUCAACCCCAUCCAAAGUUCCUUUCUUCACCGCAAUCCAAAGUUUUCUUUCUUCACCCCCAUCCAAAGUUCCUUUCUUCACCCCCCACCCAGAGUUCCUUGUUCACCCCCAUCCAAAGUUUCUUUCUUCAACCCCAAAUCCUUUCUGGUUUUAUUUCAUCACCCCCAUCCAAAGUUCCUUUCUUCACUAUCUAAAAGUUCCUUUCUUCACCGCCAUCCAAAGUUCCUUUUUUUUUUUCCAUCCAAUGUUCAUUUCUUCACCACCAUCCAAAGUUCCUUUCUUCACCGCCAUCCAAAGUUUCUUUCUUCACCCCAUCCAAAGUUCCUUUCUUUUACCCCAUCCAAAGUUCCUUUCUUCAACCCCAUCCAAAGUUUCUUUCUUUUUAUCUUCCAAAGUUUCUUUCUUCACCCCCUUCCAAAGUUCCUUUCUUCAACCCCAUCCAAAGUUUCUUUCUUCACCCCCAUCCCAAGUUUCUUUUCUUCACCCCAUCCAAAGUUUCUUUCUUUUUUACCCAUCCAAAGUUCCUUUCUUUUUUAUCCCAUCCAAAGUUCCUUUCUUCACACCAUCCAAAGUUCCUUUGGUUUUAUCUUCAUCCAAAGUUUCUUUUCUUCACCCACUUCCAAAGUUCCUUUCUUCAACCCCAUCCAAAGUUCCUUUCUUCACCGCCAUCCAAAGUUCCUUUCUUCACCCCCUUCCCAAAGUUCCUUUCUUUUUAUUUUCCCAAAGUUCCUUUCUUUUAUCUUCCCCAUUUCAAAUUCCUUUCUUUUAUCUUCCAAAGUUCAUUUCUUCACCCCCCAUCCAAAGUUCCUUUCUUCACAUCAUUCAAAGUUCCUUUCUUCAUCUUCCCAAAGUUUCUUUCUUCACCCCCAUCCCAAAGUUCCUUCACCCCCAUCCAAAGUUCCUUUCUUCACCGCCUUCCAAAGUUCCUUUCUUCACCCCCAUCCAAAGUUCCUUUCUUUUUAUCUUCAUCCAAAGUUCCUUUCUUCACCCCCCUUCCCAAAGUUCCUUUUUUUAUCUUCCCAAUCCUUUGUUUUUUUUCUUCAAGUUCCUUUCGGUUUAUCCAAAGUUCAUUUCUUCACCCCCAUUCCCAAAGUUCCUUUCUUCACACCAUAUUCCCAAAGUUCCUUUCUUUUUAUCUUCCCAAAAGUUCCUUUCUUCACCCCCCAUCCAAAGUUCCUUUCUUGUUUUAUCUUCCCAAAGUUCCUUUCUUCACCGUUUUCUUCCCAAAGUUUCUUUUCUUCCCCCCAAAGUUUCUUUUGGUUUUUAUAUCCAAAGUUCCUUUCUUUUUAUCUUCCCAAAGUUCCUUUCUUCACCGCCAAAAAAGUUCCUUUCUUCACCGCUUCCCAAAAGUUUCCUUUCUGGUUUUAUCUUCCCAAAGUUCCUUUCUUUUUAUCUUCCCAUCCAAAGUUCCUUUCUUUUUAUCUUCCCCAAAGUUCCUUUCUUCAUCCCCCCCAAAGUUCCUUUCUUCACCGCCAUCCAAAGUUCCUUUCUUCACCCCCAUCUUCCCAAAGUUCCUUUCUUCACCGCCAUAAAAAGUUCCUUUGUUGUUUUAUCUUCAUCCAAAGUUUCUUUCUUCACCCCAUCCAAAGUUCCUUUUGUUUUAUAUUCCCAAAGUUCCUUUCUUUUUAUCCCCCCAUCCAAUGUUCCUUUCUUCACCGCAAUCCAAAGUUCCUUUCUUUUAUCCCAUCCAAAGUUCCUUUCUUGUUUUAUCUUCCAAAAGUUCCUUUCUUUUUUUAUCCAUCCAAAGUUCCUUUUUGUUUUAAUCCAAAGUUCAUUUCUUCACCCCUUCCCAAAGUUCCUUUCUUCACCCCCAUCCCAAAGUUCCUUUCUUCACCCCAUCCAAAAGUUUCUUUUUUUUUAUCCCCAUCUAAAGUUCCUUUCUUCACCCCCUUCCAAAAGUUCCUUUCUGGUUUUUAUCUUCCCAUCCAAUUUCUUUUCUUCACCGCAAUCCAAAGUUCAUUUCUCGUUUUUCCAUCCAAAGUUCCUUUCUUCACACCAUCCCAAAGUUCCUUUCUUUUAUCUUCCCAAAGUUUCUUUCUUCACCCCCAUCCAAAAGUUUCUUUCUUCACCCCCAUCCAAAGUUCCUUUCUUCACCCCAUCCAAAGUUCCUUUCUUCACCCCCUUCCCAAAGUUCCUUUCUUCACACCAUCCCAAAGUUCCUUUCUUUUAUCCAUCCCAAUGUUCCUUUAUUGUUUUAUCUUCCAAAGUUCAUUUCUUUUUAUCCAUCCAAAGUUCCUUUCUUCACACCAUGCAAAGUUCCUUUCUUCACCGCCUUCCCAAAGUUUCUUUCUUCACCCCCAUUCCAAAAGUUCCUUUCUUUUUAUCCCCAUCCAAAGUUCCUUUCUUGUUUUAUAUCCAAAGUUCCUUUCUUCACACCAUCCCAAAGUUCCUUUCUUCACCACCAUCCAAAGUUUCUUUUCUUUUAUCUUCCCAAAGUUUCUUUCUUCACCCCCAUCCCCAAAGUUCCUUUCUUCACCCCAUCCAAAAGUUCCUUUCUUCACCGCAAUCCAAAGUUCCUUUCUUCACCCCUUCCCAAAGUUCCUUUCUUCACAUCAUCCAAAGUUCCUUUCUUCACCGUUUUAUCUUCCAAAGUUCCUUUCUUUUUAUUUCCCAAAGUUUCUUUCUUUUAUCCCAUCCAAAGUUCCUUUCUUCACCCCCAUCUUCCCAAAGUUCCUUUCUUUUUAUUUUCCAAAAGUUCCUUUCUUCACCCCCCAUCCAAAGUUCCUUUCUGGUUUUAUCUUCCCAAAGUUCAUUUCUUCACCCCUUCCAAAGUUCCUUUCUUUUUAUCUUCCAAAGUUCCUUUCUUCAUCUUCCAUCCAAAGUUCCUUUCUUCACCCCCAUCCAAAAGUUCCUUUCUUCACCCCCUUCCAAAGUUCCUUUCUUUUACCCCCCCAAAGUUCCUUUCUUCACACCAUUUUCCCAAGUUCCUUUCUUCACCAUCAUCCAAAGUUCCUUUCUGGUUUUAUCUUCCCAAAGUUCCUUUCUUUUUAUCUUCCCAAAGUUUCCUUCUUUUAUUUCAUCCAAAGUUCCUUUCUUCACCCCUUCCAAAGUUCCUUUCUUUUUAUCCCCCCAAAGUUCCUUUCUUCAUCAUCCAAAGUUCCUUUCUUUUAUCUUCCCAAAGUUCCUUUCUUCACCCCCAUCCAAAGUUCCUUUCUUCACAUCAUCCCAAAGUUCCUUUCUUCACCGCCAUCCCAAAGUUUCUUUCUUUUAUUUUCCAAAGUUCCUUUCUUCACCCCCUUCCAAAGUUCCUUUCUUCACCCCAUCCCAAAGUUCCUUUCUUUUUAUCAUCCAAAGUUCCUUUCUUCACCCCCAUCCAAAAGUUCCUUUCUUUUAUCUUCCCAAAGUUCCUUUCUUCACCGCCAUCCCAAAGUUUCCUUUCUUCACCCCCAUUCCCAAAGUUCCUUUCUUCACCCCCCAUCCAAAGUUCCUUUCUUUUAUAUUCAUCCAAUGUUCCUUUCUUUAUCUUCCAAAGUUCCUUUCUUCACCUUCCAUCCAAAGUUCCUUUCUUCACCCCCAUCCAAAGUUCCUUUCUUCACCGCCAUCCCAAGUUCCUUUCUUUUAUCUUCCCAAAGUUUCUUUCUUUUAUCCCAUCCAAAGUUCCUUUCUUUUAUCCCAUCCAAAAGUUCCUUUCUUCCCCCAUCCAAUGUUUUAUUUCUUUCACCCAAUCCAAAGUUCCUUUCUUUUUAUCUUCCCAAAGUUCCUUUUUUUUUAUCCCAUCCAAAGUUCCUUUCUUUUAUCUUCCCAAAGUUCCUUUUCUUCACCGCAAUCCAAAGUUCCUUUCUUUUUAUCCCAUCCAAAAGUUCCUUUCUUCACCCCAUCCAAAGUUCCUUUCUUCACCCCUUCCAAAGUUCCUUUCUUCAUCCCCCCAAAAAGUUCCUUUCUUCACCCCCCAUCCAAAAGUUCCUUUCUUUUACUUCCAAAAGUUCCUUUCUUUUUUCAUCCAAAGUUCCUUUCUGGUUUUAUCAUCCAAAGUUCCUUUCUUCACCCCCCCAAAGUUUCUUUCUUUUUAUUUCCAAAGUUUCUUUCUUCACCCCCUUCCAAAGUUCCUUUCUUCACCCCCAUCCAAAGUUCCUUUUCUUGUUUUAUCCAUCCAAAGUUCCUUUCUUUUUAUCUUCCAAAGUUCCUUUCUUCACCCCCAUCCAAUGUUCCUUUAUUCACCUUCCCAAAGUUCAUUUCUUUUUAUUUUCCCAAAGUUCCUUUCUUUUUAUCUUCAAAGUUCCUUUCUUCACCGCCAUCCAAAGUUCCUUUCUUCACCCCAUCCAAAGUUCCUUUCUUCACCCCCAUCCAAAGUUCCUUUCUUCACCCCAUCCAAAGUUCCUUUCUUUUUACCAUGCAAAAGUUCCUUUCUUCACCACCAUCCAAAGUUUCUUUCUUCACCCCCAUCCAAAGUUUCUUUCUUUUUAUCUUCCAAAGUUCCUUUCUUCACCCCCAUCCAAAGUUCCUUUCUUCACCGCAAUCCAAAGUUCAUUUCUUUUUAUUUCAUCCAAAGUUCCUUUCUUUUGUUUUAUCAUCCAAAGUUCCUUUCUUUUUAUCCAUCCAAAGUUUCUUUCUUUUAUCCCCCCCAAAGUUUCUUUCUUUUUAUCUUCCCAAAGUUCCUUUCUUCACCCCCCAUCCAAAAGUUCCUUUCUUUUAUCCCCAUCCAAAGUUCCUUUCUUUUUAUCUUCCAAAGUUCCUUUCUUCACCCCCAUCCAAUGUUCCUUUAUUCACCGCAAUCCAAAGUUCAUUUCUUCACCCCCAUCCAAAGUUCCUUUCUUCACACCAUGCAAAGUUCCUUUCUUCACCGCCAUCCAAAGUUUCUUUCUUCACCCCCAUCCAAAGUUCCUUUCUUCACACCAUGCAAAGUUCCUUUCUUUUUAUUUUCCAAUGUUCCUUUAUUCACCAUUUUCCAAAGUUCAUUUCUUUUUUAUUUCAUCCAAAGUUCCUUUCUUCUUAUUUUCCCAAAGUUCCUUUCUUCACCAUAUUCCAAAGUUUCUUUCUUCACCCCCCAUCCAAAGUUUCUUUCUUUUACCCCCAUCCAAAGUUCCUUUCUUCACCCCAUCCAAAGUUCCUUUCUUUUUAUCUUCCCAAAGUUCAUUUCUUCACCCCAUCCAAAGUUCCUUUCUUCACACCAUGCAAAGUUCCUUUCUUCACCACCAUCCAAAGUUUCUUUCUUUUUUACCCCAUCCAAAGUUUCUUUCUUCACCCCAUCCAAAGUUUCUUUCUUUUUAUCUUCCCAAAGUUCCUUUCUUCACCCCAUCCAAAGUUCCUUUCUUCACCCCCAUCCAAAGUUCCUUUCUUUUUACCAUGCAAAGUUCCUUUCUUCACCACCAUCCAAAGUUUCUUUCUUCACCCCAUCCAAAGUUUCUUUCUUCACCCCAUCCAAAGUUCCUUUCUUCACCCCUUCCAAAAGUUCCUUUCUUUUAUCCCCCCAAAGUUACUUUCUUCACACCAUGCAAAGUUCCUUUCUUCACCCCAUCCAAUGUUCCUUUAUUCACCGGUUUUAUCCAAAGUUCAUUUCUUCACCCCCAUCCAAAGUUCCUUUUCACACCAUGCAAAGUUCCUUUCUUUUACCACCAUCCAAAGUUUCUUUCUUCACCCCAUCCAAAGUUCCUUUCUUCACCCCAUCCAAAGUUCAUUUCUUCACCCCCAUCCAAAGUUCCUUUCUUUUUACCAUGCAAAGUUCCUUUCUUCACCACCAUCCAAAGUUUCUUUUUUCACCCCCAUCCAAAGUUCCUUUCUUUUUAUUUUUAAAAGUUCCUUUCUUCACCCCCAUCCAAUGUUCCUUUCUUCACCGCAAUCCAAAGUUCAUUUCUUCACCCCCAUCCAAAGUUCCUUUCUUCACCGCAAUCCAAAGUUCAUUUCUUCACCCCCAUCCAAAGUUCCUUUCUUCACACCAUGCAAAGUUCCUUUCUGGUUUUACCCCCCCAAAGUUCCUUUCUUCACACCAUGCAAAGUUCCUUUCUUCACCACCAUCCAAAGUUCCUUUCUUCACCCCCAUCCAAUGUUCCUUUCUUCACCCCCAUCCAAAGUUCCUUUCUUCACCCCCAUCCAAAGUUCCUUUCUUCACCCCCAUCCAAUGUUCCUUUCUUCACCGCAAUCCAAAGUUCAUUUCUUCACCCCCAUCCAAAGUUCCUUUCUUCACACCAUGCAAAGUUCCUUUCUUCACCGCCAUCCAAAGUUUCUUUCUUCACCCCCAUCCAAAGUUUCUUUCUUCACCGCAAUCCAAAGUUCCUUUCUUCACCCCAAUCCAAAGUUCCUUUCUUCGCCCCCAUCCAAAGUUCCUUUCUUCACCCCCAUCCAAAGUUCCUUUCUUCACACCAUGCAAAGUUCCUUUCUUCACACCAUCCAAAGUUCCUUUCUUCACCGCCAUAAAAAGUUCCUUUCUUCACCGCCAUCCAAAUUUUCUUUCUUCAUCCCCAUCCAAUGUUCCUUUCUUCACGGCAAUCCAAAGUUCCUUUCUUCACCGCCAUCCAAAGUUUCUUUCUUCACCCCCAUCCAAAGUUCCUUUCUUCACCCCCAUCCAAAGUUCCUUUCUUCACCCCCAUCCAAAGUUUCUUUCUUCACCCCAUCCAAAGUUCCUUUCUUCACCCCCAUCCAAAGUUCCUUUCUUCACCGCCAUAAAAAGUUCCUUUUUUCACCGCCAUCCAAAGUUCCUUUCUUCACCCCCAUCCAAAGUUCCUUUCUUCACCCCCAUCCAAAGUUCCAUUCUUCACCCCCAUCCAAAGUUCCUUUCUUCACCGCCAUCCAAAGAUCCUUUCUUCACCCCCAUCCAAAGAUCCUUUCUUCACCCCCAUCCAAAGUUCCUUUCUUUUCACCUCCUACAUUUCUCCUCUUAUUUUCUAUAGUUCCUCUCUUUGAAAUUUCUUUCUCUCCUCCUAUAUUUCUCUUUUUCUCUCCUCCUACAUUCCCCCUUUUCUCUCUUUCUACAUUUCAGCUUUCUUUACUUUUCUACAUUUUCCCUCCUUUCACACUUCACUACUUCUUUUACUCUUCUUUUUCUUUUUUAAACUUUCCUUUUUCUUCCUACAACCUGUAUCGUUUUUUUUUCCCUUUCGACAUCUCGCUUCUUCUCGCUUCUUCUCGCUUCCUACAUUUCCUUACUCACAGACGAGAAUCCCUUUUUUCCUCGUCUAUAUUUCCCAUUUCAUCACUUUGGCACGUCUUUUCGUGUAAUUUUCUAUGCCCUGUCUCUCUUUCACAUAUACACACAUCUGCGCACGCGCAGAUAUUUGUUACCGUCGGUCGUCCAUAUUUUUUGUUUACUUUCAUUAGUGAUCUCUUUUUCUUUGGAUAA